UUUUUUUUUUUAUGCUAAUACAAAUAUAUUUCAAAUAUAUAAUAAUCUACGUGCGUAAAGGUAUCUAUAUUUUUCUUGUGAUGGCGCUGUAUCAUAUACAUGGUUUCGGAUAUUCCGCGUUAGAAAGCAGGUGUCAUUUUAUUUAAACAAAAAAAAAAAAAAAAAACAAAAGAUAUAUAAAGAAUUAAACUAUUCGUAAUUGAGAAAAUAAAAAAAGAGCCGAGAAAACAUAUUGUGCAUGCAUUCAAAUGCUUAUGAGGCAAACAAAAGUGAAAAUUUUAUCCGAAAUUAACUUUAAUACCCCUGAAAUUACACGGUCAUGCAUGCCGUUGACGAAUACAUUUGUUUGUGUGCAUGUGUAUGUGCGUGUGUUGAAUUAAAAAUUUAUAAUCAUAACCAGAAAUUCCACUACACCAAAAAGUGAAAGAAAACACACAACUGCAAGCAUACAUAUUUAUAUAUAUAUAUAUAUGUUUGAAUUCUUUUCCUACAAACAAAACUGCUCAUUUGUUCGUAUUAACGGUCGCGCGCGCGUUCUCUCUAUCUCCCAUUCUCUCAUUCAUCGCUUGGACUCUCAAGAUUGGUGUAAAAUGCUACAAUAAGCUUCUGUUUUUUUUUUCUAAAGAAUUUAUAAUAAUUCUUUAGUUAGCAGCGUUCUAACUGUAACCAUUUGAAGAAUCAUAUAUAUAAAGUAUUAAUAUGGCAGCAGCAAGUGCUGGGCAUCAGCAACAUCAACCGCAGCCACAACAACAGCAAAAAUUGAAUACUGCUGUUGGUAUAAAUGGUGGCGCAGUGAUUGGUAGAACGACACCAAUGCCACCGGCAAUUCAUAAUAUGCAACAGCAACAGCACUUAAUGCAACAGUAUGCUUUAAAGCAACAGCAACAACAACAGCAAGCGUAUGGUAUGCAACAACAUCAACAGUCACAUUAUGUUAUAAAUCAACAACACAGUCAAAUGCAACAUUUUCCGCAACAGCAGCAACAUCAAAUGCAUUUUAAAAUGCAACAACAGCAACAAGAACAACAAGAAAUGCUAAACAAUCAUCAUAUGAUGGCGACAUCGCCAACAGCUCACCACAUAAACCAACAAACGCAAUCACAGCCACAGCAAACACAUCACCAAAAUCAUUUAAAUCCACAACAACAACAACAACAACAAAAUAAAUUUCAUAAUAAUAUCGCAUAUGGUACAACGCAACAACAACAACACCAGCAGCAGCAAGUGCAACAACAACAAUCACAAAGAUUAGUAUCAUCACAGCAAAUAAGUCAACCAUCACAACAUAUAUCAGGAGCUACGGUAAAUGGGAGUAACGUAACGUCAAGAACUCCUUCACUGAUUGGCCCGAAUGCUUAUCAGCAACAUAAUGGCAAUAUGAUGUCAGCGCAACAACAACAACAACAGCAGCAGCAGCAACAACAACAACAAGAACAGCAACAUCAUCAUCAUCAUCAUCCUCAUCAUCUUAAUCAUCAUCAUCACCAUCAAUCGCAACAGCCACAACAUCAAUGGCAUACACCGCAAAUGACACAAAAUUCAACGUCAAUGCAACAAAUUCAACAACACCAGCCAUUAAAAGCGAAUGUAAAUAAUUCAACAACGGCAUUAAGCUCAAGGUCGCCCUUAAGUAAUGCAACCAAUGUGAACGCGAACACAAUUGAAAGCGUUGCUAAACAACCAAAUAUUUCAAUACCUAACAAUGACGGCAAUUGUAAUUCCACUAACCAUCAUAAUAAUCCGAAUUUAAAUACAACUGAAAUAAAAAUUCCUGCUGCAAAAGGCAAUAAAGCCAAUUUGGCACCCGGCUGGCGUAGACUGACCAACAACAAUGAAAUUGUUUACGUCAGUCCCACCGGUGCCACGUUGCGUUCACCAUUUCAAAUCAAGGAUUACUUAUUGUCACCGGGUACCUGUAAAUGUGGUCUGCCAUGUCCAUUACGACCGGAAUAUUUCUUCGAUUUCAAUGUUCAGAUUCCUAAUAUGACGUUAACUAUGCCAACGCACGAGAACGGUGGAUUUAACUCCUCUAGCAUGUCGUCAGCAGCAGCUAUGACAACGGUGGCGUUGUCAUCGUCAUCACAGUCAUUAUUACCGUCAACAACAAUGUCUUCUAAUACACCGCCCGUCUCGUCAUCAGCAACAGUAUCAGCUACGGCACCAACGUCGGCAUUAGCGGCAUCAACGCCAUCUGGUGCGACAACAUCGUCAUCAUCAUUAACCACGGAUACCGUCAACAAUAGCAUACCUGCAGCUUUAAGUUCGUUUACAUGUUUGCAUCAUAAGCGUUUUAUGGAUUCGCAGCAAUCACAUGCACAACCCAUGGAUACGUUAAUGCUUAACAAAGAUGCCAAACGUCGUAAGCUACAUCUGGCGGAACCUAUUAGUAGCCACGGUAGAAAUGUUAAUGAUAUGCCGCCAAACAGUAAUCAAAUACCUGCGUCUCAAUCUUCGCUAUUUGUUAAUGAUCAACAGCAGCAACAACAACAGCUUCAGCAACAACAACAACAACAACAACAACAACAGCAACAGCAACAAUCUAGUCAAAACUAUAAAAUGUUACCGCCUGCCAUUCAACAGCCACAAACACAGCAGCACCGGCAGCCACACACUAAUCAAAAGGAUCAAAAUCAACAGCAUGUGAUAACCGAAACAUUUGAAACGAAUUCUAAUACCGGCAGCAAUUCUAAUGGCAACAACCACGAUAUCAAUGGCAACUGUAACGGUAACAUAAGAAUGUCUUGCUCUAACUUACCGCAAGGUGGCAAUAAAAUUUGGCCGCAUGUAGACCGUAUACCACCAUUGCCACAUGAUUUACGAAAUUCAGUAGAUGCUCAAAUGCAAAGCCAUCCAACAAUAAAUUCAAAUGCUGGGCACUUUCAAUGGUCAGAUUCACGUGAUAGUCGAACUAAUUACAUUUUAAAUGAAUCCAAUAACAGCAAAGAGUUCAAAACGAAUCUAAAGGAAGAUGCAGGUAACGACUAUUUACAGCCAACAAACGCGUUACUUGAAAAUUCAAUAAUAAAUGUAACUGUGGUGAAUGAUAAUGAAAUGGAAGAAGUCGAAAAUCCUGACGAGGAUAUGGAAAUGGAAGAAGAAUCGGAAGAUGAUAAUGAAGAUGAAUUUAAAAUUGAAAAUAAGGAAAUUGAAGACAACAUAUUAGUUAACGAAAGCAUUGAGGCAACCGAGCAAAGCCCUGAACUGGAAGAAGAGGAGGAAGAAGAAUAUGAAGAUGAUGAAAAUGAAAAUGAUAAUGGAGAAGAAGCGGGAGACGAAGAAGAUAUGGAAGACGAUGAGGAAGCGCAAGUAGAGGAGGAAAGUGGCGAAGAAGACGAAGCAGAGGACGAUAUGGAAGAAACCCAAAAAUCAAUAUGUGAACAAACUGUGAUUGAGAAACCAGUCCAAAUAGAAGCUACUCUUGAAAAAAAUGCAGUUCAUGAUGCCAAUAUCUAUUAUCGUCCUCAACAAUUCGCAACCAAUCAACGUAAAUGCGUUACUCAGCAGCAAACCCCAGCUGCCCAGCAGACUAGUCAAGCAAAAAUUUCUAUGAAUUUAGGAAACUCCCUAACUACAUAUGAAAUUAAAAACAUUACAAAACCAACUUUACAAACGCAGCAACAAAACUCUCUUUACAUGUCUGCUGGAACUAAUCACAUAAAACCACCGGUCAAGCUAGUGCCAGUAGCCCAGGAAUCUCCAGUGUCUUCGAGUACAGUUGGCGGACCACGAUCUACACCCGACUUGCAACGUCAGACACCCGACGGUACGAAGAAGCCAGAACAAGUAGGUGCUGUCUCUACCAGUCAUGAAAGUCCACGACCUUGUCCCCCUUCACCUGCUGGCUCUGUCGAGUCUACCAGCUCACGAAUUUCCACUUCAAGGGCGGCACCUUCGCCGGCCAUAUCACCAAUGCCACCGCAACCAACAAUGCAAAUUCGCUUGCAACAACAGCCACCGCAGCCAUCGACACCGUCUCAUCAACCUCAGCAAGUACGCAUUGUACGACAAAUUAAAAGUAACGCCCAAAUUCAAAGUGGUCCACAACAAAAAAUCUUGGCCGCCAAUACACCGAGCACAUCGACCAGAACUACGGUAACAACAAUAGCCGGAAAUAGAGGGGCAGCUACAACUACUACUACAGCAGGCAGCCAGCAGCGCUUCAAUAUCAUACCACCACCCGCAACGACACAAAAGAUUCAGGCUACCUUACAAAAAAUCUCAACAAGCACGGCCAUACCUAUCAAUCAAGUACAACUGCAACCCAUACUUAAAGCAAAUGAACCCGGAAACUCUCAAAUCAUAAUGACUUCGACGGGUCAACUAAUUGUGAUGCCAACUUCUCAAGCGAAAACUCAAGUUCUACAGCAACAACAGCAGCAGCCACAACAUCAGCUUUUAAUUGCCGGUGGAAAUGCAACAGCCCCUCAACCUGGUACUGCGAAUGUUAUUAUACAACAACAAGGAACAGGGCAAAUGGAAGUAAUAAAUAGUACUGGACAGUUAGCGGCAACAAUACAACCUCAACAUGGUGCAAGUUACAUUGUUAGUCAGGCUGCAACAACGGCUGGUACGCAUACACAAUUGCAACCUACCACCGUUAUACUUAAUUCAACCGGUCAGAAUAUUUUAGCUAAUAACGGAGCGAAAGUACUAACAAACACUGGUAACAUAAUUCACACCACCGGUAAUCAGUCGAUCAUUACUGCGGGUAAUCAAUUGAUAAGUGCCCCCACUACUGCUACAACCGCUGGAGUUUUAGGUCAACAGACUGUAGUCUUGAAUAAUUUAACAAAUGGAGGUUAUGUUAUACAACAGCAACAACCGCAAACUGCUACUGCUACCACACAACAACAGUUUACGACAUUAGAUGGUCAAAUGGUAUCUCAAAUACAAGUCCAGCAGCCAUUAGGAACGUAUAUGCAAACGUCUGUACCUCAACAACAAGGGCAGCGCAUUAUCAUUACUUCGCAAGCAACUGACUUAAAGCGACGUGCCAAGAAACGUAAAAACUCGACAAGUCCUACACUCAUUAGUAGCGGGCAAAAUGUAACGGCUCAAAUUUCACCAACAAUACCGAAUCAAACGGCCACCAUUUUGCAACAACAUGCCGCUACUGUAGCAGCGGCAGCUCAACAACAACAACAACAAACAUCAAAUCAACCGCAAGUAGUGCAACUAACUACAGCUUCUGCCGCCACCACGACUACGCCCUACCAUCAACAAUUCCAAUUGGGUUCGGGCAUACAAGGUAUUGUUGUUAAUAAACCAGCUACGGCAGCUCCUGCUCACCCACAAACACAACAAAUAUUGCUACAGAAUGGACAACUUAUACAACCAAUGAAUCUUAUUGGACAACAGCUGUUAGUGCCCGCAGGCCUUGUCAUGCGACCAGACACAACCACCCUACUACAAUUGCAGAAUGUUGGAGCCUGUGCACCCACAACAAGUAUACUAACCGCCACUACACCGCAAGGCACAAUGAUGUUAAGAGCUGCAUCUCCGCAAACAAGCAAGCAAUUCAUCUCACCAGCAGCCACGGGUCAACAAUUCAUAGUCGGCAGUAACGGUCAAUUGAGUCCAAUCGGUCAAAUCUAUUCAACCCCUAUGGGUUUGGUGAUGCCGACUGCGACUACACAACAAAGUACCGUACAAAAUCUAUUACAGCAACAACAGAAUAGCACCAUUCAAGUGCAACAACAAACCACUCAACCGCAACAACAACAACAACAACAGCAACAACAAUUGGUAACAUCUCAACAGCAAACAGUCACUUUACAAACUAUUCAACAUCAUCAACAGCAGCAACAGCAACAACAAAAUCUAAAUGCUAUGGUUAACGAUCAAGUAGGUAUUGUUUUAGAAACGGCUACUUCAUCAUCAUCACCCUCGGCUAUGAAUGGUAAUGGUGCGCGGUCAGUGGCAGGCAGUCCUCCCGACACAACCACUCACAGUCCUCGAAGUCCAGAGAGGCCGCCUAGCCAUCGCAGCAGUGGCAGUGACAUGGUUCAAUGUGUAUCCAGCUCAGAGCCAGAUGGUGGAGCUGUUUCACCGCAAAGUUCUGAUAGUCGCCAAUCUCCGUCGACUACGGAUUGCGAGAGAGGCGUUGUUAUAUCGACCGCAUAUCAAAACGCAAAUAUUUACAAACCAACGGAUGUGAAAAUUCGUCGCGUGCAAACACCACCGCAAUAUCAGUUGAUAGGUGGCAAUGUCACCCAAACACAAGGUAUAACCAACUUGGGAUUUAUACAACAGCAGCAACAGCAGCAACAGCAGCAGCAACAACAACAACACCACCAACAACAACAGCACGGUCAUAAUUCACAACCUGACUCUCAUGAUUCACCACAAAAUUCUCCUACAACCACUUUAAUGAUAACACCACCGCCACCAUCGUCCACACCAAACCCAUUAUAUCAACAACAAUUUCAACAACAACAACAACAACAGCAACAACAACAGCAGCAACAACAACAGCAACCACAUCAAUUGAAUUUACAAAAUUCUUCAUCAAAAGCACCGUUGCCCUUAUCACAAGCCCCAGCGUCAUCAAUACAAAAUAAAAAGUCCCCACAACAACAAACGUUAAAGCAAACGCGAAAUCGUUUAAAAUCAUCCAUGAAAGCUUCAACACACGUAGAUAUGAAUUCGAUUGAAGAAAUCGAUAAUAAUGCAAAUAAUAUCAUAAAAAUUUCACCAUUGUCAUCAUCGUCGUCAUCGACAUUGUCGACAGUGACGGUUACGCCACCUUUGGCGGUAAGUUUACAGCGUACAUUUGCUGUAGGUGAACUAAUAUGGGGUCCAGCACGCGGCUAUCCAGCUUGGCCAGGUAAAAUAGUGAAAAUGCCCGAUAAUUAUGGAGAAUCGGUAUGGGUGCAGUGGUUUGGUGGUGGCGGCCGUUCCAACUCUGAGCUAAUGGCUGUGAAUUCAUUACAAAGUCUUUCUGAAGGCCUGGAGGCCCAUCACAAAGCUCAAAAGGAUACCAGAAAGAGCCGAAAAUUGAACUCACAACUUGAAAGAGCCAUACAAGAGGCAAUGACUGAAUUGGAUCGUAUUUCAGCUUCCUCAACUACGCCAAAUAUUAAUUCGAACAACUCAUCCACUACUGGCCAUGGUAAGCAAAUUCAACCGGCAACAUCCUCUACACAAAAUUAUCAUCAAGCUAGUCCGAAUCGAGCCAAUAAACGUCCUAUACCACGGACGGGUGGUUAUAAUUUAAUAUCGCAAAUACAUAAGCCAUCCCCAGCAACAAAUGUCUCCAUAUCGGCCACCAUACGUUCAUCACAUAAUGAUGGCAAUUAUGUGGUGCAUUCAAAAACAAAACAUAUACGUAUAGCACCGGCUCCAGCUUCGGGAACUCUAGUAAAUUCUUCGACAGCUUAUAAAUCGACUACUACAACCGCUCUAAGUAAUUCAAGUUCGCUAAGCAAAUGACCCGAUAAUAAUCUGGUCAAUCAUGUUUUGGUAAGUAUGACUUCUAGAAGUAAUACAACAACCUCAACUACCACAACUAUAACUAACACAAUUGGUCGCCUAUCGUGGCCAAAUUAUACAUUAGUUAUUCCUCAGAAAUAAGAAGAAAAAUGCAUGAAUUAUAUAAAAUCAAUUAUAUAAAAUAUAAUUAACAUAUAGAAAAUAGUUUGUAAACUAUAAAUAUGACUAAGGAAAAUAAUAUUUACAUACUGAAAAGAGAAGCUAAUAACAAAAUUUGGUAACUUUCGUAAAUUUAUUAACUGGUGACGGCUUGGUUUACAAAAAGUCUUUUAAAAAUUUCAUUUACAUAAUCCCUUCAGCUCCAAUAACUUACUAUGGACUGACAGCUGAUCGUGUCAGCACCACAAAAAGAAUCUAAUAGAAUUCUAAGCAUAAGAUAUUUUAAACAACUUCUGUAAUGAAACCGAUCAUAAAAGACAUAACAGACCGGUCCAACAUUUUCGUAAUAUGCAUAAAAUCAUUUCUAAAUUUUAUUUCUUCUUUGAAUCUGCUAAUAUUCUUAAAAAUUCUGAUUGAUUCAAAAAUUUUAAAUGUAAUGUAAACUUUCUAAGUAAGAUGCGCAGAUGAACAUAUCCCUUUUUGAAGAAAUCAAAUUUUGAAGCUUCAAUCAAAACUUUGGCCUUUAAAACAUAUGCUUAUGAAGUCAGAAUAUUAAAGUUCAUUAAUCGGCCUGUGCUAUGCUAUGCUAUACUCAAUGCAAAUGGAUUUCCAAUUUGAAAAGCCUAACUGUCAAUUUAUUGCAAAAGUCAGCAAAAGCUAGUGUAAAAGAAAAAAGAAACAUAUAGUUAAAAAGCCGAAACAAACGUUUCAAUUCCAUUUCUUUUGCUUUGAACUAACGGAAUGAAUUUUCGUUACAUCCAAAAGCAAAAGUACAUCCAAAAAGCAAAAGUUCUCUAUUCUCAUUGUGCUACAUUUUUGUGUAAAUUUAUCAACUGGUAAUAGCUAGUGUGCAAAAAUCUUUUAAAAAUUAGCGACUUUUAACGCUAAACCUCUGCACAAUGUUAAUUUUUUAUAGAAUCGCUUAUGUUCCCAUAAGCUAUUGUGGACUGACAUCUGAACGUGUCACAGUAAUACUAGCAAAACUACACAUAAGAUAUUUUCAACCCAUGCUUUAAUGGGAGGAAAUCGGUACGUUUUUAUAUAUAUGACAUGGCACAAAAAGCUUAACAUACAGGCGCAACGUUUUCGGUAUUUCCAUAAAUUCAUUUCUGAAUUCUCAUACAAAAGUCCGCAAUAGCUAGUGCUGAAGAAAAUAUAUAAGCGUAUAAGUUACAACGUGUUCAAUCUUUUUAAAUUUCAAAAAAAUUUUUUUUCCUUUGAAAGAGUAUCAGAAUAAAUUUUUCAAGUAUCAAAAGUUUCCAUCCCCAGCUUGUGUGUAUUUCAUUAACAUUAAUUGAACAUACACCUUAACAAAAUUAAAUAGUAGAAAUUUAAGAUAUAAAAAAGCCUUUUUUAUUUGCUUAGCUCUACACAAUCAUGUUCUACAACCACUGCAAUAAUUUAGUGUCAGAUAAAUACCAUAGUGUGGAAUUUUUAAGAAAUUUCAACAAACAACUUACUUCAAGUAAGUGUGAAAUAUGAUGGGAAAAUAAGGAAAGAUAAAUCCAAAAUAAAACGGCAUUUUAAUUUUUGUUUGUUUUUUUUUUUGUACAGUUAUAAAACAACUUUAUCUUUUUGUCGAUAUAAAGUGAAGAAAUGAUUACUUUUCUAUAUAACACUUAAAUAAAUUAAAAAUUGCUAAAGAAAACGGGAUGCAACGAAACAUCUGGCGAGCAAUCACGUAUGAAAAAUUGACUUUCGCUUUCGUAACUAUUUGCCUAGCAAGAACUAACUUUCGGCUACGUGAUUACUUCGCUGAUGUGUUGUGAUCACUUCAUUGUGAUUGCCUUCGUUGUUAAUAAAUGUUUUGUUAAUCUAAAUUUUUUUCAUCUUGAUACCUAAAUUCCGCGAAAAACUUCCUGGAAAUAUAAAUUAAAAAAGUAGAACGCCUGGAGAAAAAUAACGGGGAAAUUACAUUAAAAAUUAAUAAUACAUUGAAAAAGAGAAAUUGUGAAGAAUUGUGUAAUUGCUAAACCAUGAAGAAAAUCUUCCUACAAGUAUGAAGAUAUUACUAGAGGAGAGCAUGAUCAAUGAUUUCCAUUUUUCUAGUUAUAGUGACCACAGGGCCUGGCUCUUUAAAUGAUAGGAGGGAUAUAGUCGAAUAUUUCUAUUAAAAAUGUAUAAAGUAGUUCUGUGCUUGCUGCAAUAAUUGAUUUCCAUGAAGUUUUUAUAGAUAAAGAAAAAUUUUUCUCAAAACGAACCUGGUAUGAAAGAUGGAACAAAUUAAAAAUCAUUUAGUAAAGCCUGUGAUCAAACAAUGUCAUGUCUCUUGGUGUUUAUGCAUUGGGAAAGCCUCAUCCUAAUAGGCCUAAAAGCCUAUUAUCCUUUUUAUUAAUUAUUUACCAAAUUGUAUAACGGUAAAUAGUUUGAAAAAGAAAUUUACGCUUGCCUUUAAGGGUCAGCCAAAGCCAGUUAAAUCGUUUAUAAAUCGUCAUAAAAGAUUAAAAUAAAAAUCAAAAAGGGGAGCAUAAGAAAGUGAAAGUUUUAAUUCGCAAAAACAACCACAAAAGCCAUAAUCAAAGAAAUGUACAGUGAAACUUAUUUGUAUGCGUAAUAAAAGCAAAAUUAAAAUUCUAUAGUAAACUUUUUAAGUGAAAUUACUUCUGCUGCUAUGCAUUCUUUUCCGAUUAAUUUGCAUUUUAUUUAUAUAGAAUUAAAACUACAAACCAAUAAUAGACAAUAAACGUAAAAAAAAGAAUAGAAAAUUAUUUUUCGACACAAUUUAUGAUUAGUAUCAAACAACCACAUAAAUAUAUAAAUUAUAGAAUAAAACAACAGCUUCUCCUGUGUUCUUAUACACAUCAUUGAAACUUCAAUAGUUUUUUUAAAUUUACUUUACUUUGAUAAUUUAUCUAUCGAAGCGCGUAAUUUGUAAAUAUUAUUUUCUGUCGCAUUCUUUUUGAACUCAAUCAACUUUUAUUAAAACAAAAAAAAAAAAAAA